GGCCCGUGACGCAUGCGCAGAAGCCGCGCCGGAAGCGGAAGUGGUGGGCUGUGUGCUGGCUCCUGGGGUCCGUGCUGAUUCCAAUGGAGGCAGAGCGAGAGUCGGAUUCCGCUGAGCUUCCUGGUUCGGAGGCGCUCCUGGACGCCGUGCUGCGGACCCUCUACGACCUGGGAGAGACAGAAGGUGAAACAGAGCAGAAAAGGACCAGAAAGAAGAAGGAAAAGAAGAGAGACUCGGAGACGGUGGCAGACGGAGCAACAGAACCGCUUCCCCGGCCUGCGUCUCCUGGGCGAGGCCAGAGGAAGAGCGCUUCCAGCUUUUUCAAGGAGCUCAGGGAAGAACUGCAGUCAGCUCCCGCUGCCCCUUCAGAAGUCCCCACUGCUACGACUGCAGUCUCCCUCUUUCCCCUAGAGAACAACAGCAAACUAGUGGAAGUGGUAGAGUUCCACAGCAGAAGUGAAAAAAGAAAACCAAAGUCAGAGGAAGAUGAACCGGCAAAGAAUAAAACAAAGGUCCUUGAAAAAGAUGUGGGUAUUCAGGAAUUUAACCUAGAAAAGGCUCGUCUGGAAGUACACCGCUUUGGGAUCACAGGCUAUGGCAAAGGAAAAGAAAGAGUCCUGGAGCGGGAGCGGGCCAUCAUGCUGGGGGCUAAGCCUCCCAAAAACACUUACGUGAAUUACAAGGUUUUGCAGGAGCAAAUCAAAGAAAAGAGGACCUCAGUGGAAGAAGAAAAGAGAGUGGCCCAGGAGACAGACAUUUUCAAGAGAAAGAAGAGGAAAGGGAGAAGUCAGGAGGACAGGAGAUCCAAGAAGUCGGCUCCCAGCAUUUUGUCAAGUGGACGGGCUGCACAAGUUGGAAAAUUUAGAAAUGGGACAUUGAUUCUAAGCCCCGCCGAUAUCAAGAAAAUCAAUUCUUCCAGGGUAUCCAAAUGAAGUCCCUGUCAGCUCCAGAGAGGAGCAGGAACAGUGGCGGUGCGAAGGCACGGGACCUGCUGACCCCGUGGCUGCUCACUCUUGUUCCACGGGGUCUUUCUCGUUUGAGCAGUGAGUCUGUGGGCAGGCAGCGGCCCUGCGGAGUGCGGGGCUGUGCCCGGGCUCCCCCCCUGUUGCAGGUUGCUGCUGUUGGUUUACUGGUCACACUCCACUUUGAUAAUUUUACUGUCUCUGUGAAUGGGGUUGAAGUGCCUUUUGGACUCAUGAAGACACUGAGUGCACUUGUUAUCCAUUGGCUCUGUGGAAAAGUGGUUCUGUUGUCAGCCUGGCACGUGUGUAAAUCCACAUUGUAAGAAUUUCCAAAACUACACCUCUGUAAUAGGAGUAACUGGCUGUUAGGUAACACACAGGUGAUUCUGACAGGGUCCCCAAACCUACUUGCAGCUGUAACCUCCCUCACAAGGCCAUUUUACAGUGAUGUCACCCCUGCCUGGAUGUCAGCAUCUCCUCAGAGACUGAGAUUCAUUAAAGGGAACUCUCCGGUGACAGGAACAAUUUUGAUAUUUCCCAUCCAAGGAGUGUCUUGUCCAGCAAGCUGUGCACACAGGUUUAAAAACCUACAGGUUGUGGCCGGCCAUAGGACGUUGUCAUAAUGUGCUGAGAGCAUUGCCAAAACAACCCACAAGAUGAAAUCCAAUUUGUUGGAUAAUUUAAA